CUCGCAAUAACGUUGAUAUCUAUCAUUUUAUACAUGUUGUGUAAAUUUUAAUGUAUAAUAAAUAAUAAUGCAGCCAGCCAGGGUUACUAAAUUUGGAGCUUAUGUGUACGAAGAUGGCUCAAAAUACAUCGGAGACUGGAACGAUCGAGGUCGAAAACAUGGUUUGGGACACGUCCAAUUAAAAGACAAUACACGUUAUGAAGGAGGAUUCAGCAAUGGACUUUGCUCAGGUCUUGGAGUUCUCCAGUAUCCGGACGGAGCAAGAUAUGAAGGAGAAUUUAUGGAAGGAUGGUUUCAUGGUCACGGAAUGUUUUGGAGGGCUGAUGGCAUGAAGUACGAAGGCCAAUUUCGAGGUGGUCGUAUUUGGGGAUUAGGUUUAGUGACUUUUAAGGACGGAUCUCACGGACUUCCAAGAUACGAAGGAUUUUUCAAAGAUUGCAAAUUUGUACAAAAAAAAAAAUGUCCAGGAGUCGUUACAGAUGCACAACGAGCAGCGUUAAUGGCAAGAAUACAAACUGAACAAACAUAAUUUUCACUGUGCAUACUGCAUAGUGGAGAGAAUAAUAAAAAAAUUGAUCUCGCAAAAUAAAUUAAUUACAAAAAAAAAAAAAGUAAAAUAAUUCUUGUUUAUUAUUUAGAUUAGUUAAGUUUAAUAUCUACUAGCAAUUGGAUUUUUUGACUAAUAUCACACUUUUUUGUAAUUCAUGAUAGUUCUGAUAUUAAAACAAUACUACAUACCUACGUGUUGCCUGCGUCUUACAAACCUGUACAACAUGUCAACAUCACAUAUUUUACGUUCACAAUAAUUUAUUUUAUUCUGUAAUUUCUACAACUAGAGUGAAUUGACUAAAAAAGUUUUUAUUGUUAUUUUUAUUAUGAAGCAAGUUA